AUGGCUUCCUCUCAGACCGUGGAUCAGAGCGAGUACCACCAUUCAGCGCGACGCCAGUUCAAGUGGCAGAAUGUACUCUUCAUAGUCGCUGCAAGUCUCGGCUCCUGCAUGUAUGGUUACUCGGCAUCGGUGAUAUCGACCACUCUGAUCCAGCCCUCAUUCGUCAAGGCGAUGGGAUUGGAUACUGCACCAGAUGCCUCAGACUUGAUCGGGUUGACUGGAAGCAUGUACCAGGUCGGCGGCUUCUUGGGCACCUUCGCCGUGUCCCCCAUUUCCGACAGAUGGGGUCGCAAAGUCGGCAUCGCCGUUCCAGCUGUUUUCGCCUGUGUGACGUCCGCCCUGCUGGCAGGAAGUGUUAACAUUCACAUGUUCAUCGCCUUCAGGUUCUUCGCAGGAAUGGCGGCGUAUAUCAUUGUGUCCACAGUUCCAGUUUGGAUGAGUGAGGUGGCUCCGCCGAGUGUUCGAGGAGUCUUGGUUGAUAUCCAUGGUAUCAGUCUGCUCUUUGGUUACGCCUUUGCUUCAUGGAUCGGCUAUGGGUUCUGGAAGAAUGGCAAUAGUAACGGGUGGAGAGGUCUCCAAGCCCUCAACGCCCUACCUGGAGUUCUCCUGCUCUGCUUUUUGCCGUGGCUCCCAGAGUCGCCCCGAUGGCUGCUCAUGAAGGAUCGCUACGAAGAUGCGGCAACGGUCCUCAAGAGUCUGCACACCGAGGAAGAGGCUGCGGUCGAACUGUCGCAGAUUUCAGCACAAGUCCGGAUUGACAGAACGCUCGACUCUUCAUACUGGGCUCUGAUCAAGAAACCGAGCUAUCGGAAGAGGGCAAUCAUGAGCUUCCUGAUCCCGGCUGGAAUUCAACUGAGCGGUCCAUUAGUCUUGAACAACUAUGGACCGACGUUGUACGGCGCACUAGGUUAUGACACCGAACAGCAGUUCCUCUACCAGAUCGGCUGGUAUACCGUCGCCAUUGGAGGAGGUAUCCUUGCGCUCUUCGUUGUCGAGCGAGUGGCACGUCCAAAAUUGAUUGCUUUCGGGAUUCAAUUCUGUCUCUGCUGUUUGGCCAUCGAGGCAGCUCUGGUCGCCACGUACACCACGCCUGAGGCGCUUGCAAAUCCCAACAACAGCGCGUUGAGCGCAGCCGUGGCCAUGCUGUUCGUAUAUGUGGUGAUGUGGGAGAUCUGUCUCGAUGGAACCCAGUUCGUUUACAUCUCCGAGAUCUGCCCUAAUCACCUUCGCGCCAAAGGCAUUGCGCUCGGGAUGGCAGGUCUCUGCGCCAUGAACAUCAUGUGGUUGCAAGUUGCCCCGAUUGCGUUCAAGAACAUAGGGUGGAAGUUCUAUCUCUGCUUCAUCAUCCCCGGGACGGUCUUCGUUUGCUUCCUGCUUUACUGGUUCCCCGAUACACGAAGAAUUCCCCUGGAGGAAGUGGCAAAGAUUUUUGGUGACCAGGAUGAGAUCUCCUCUGCCCUCGAGCUUGAGAAGUCGUCUGAGAGUGCCGUUGAAAAGGUGGAUACUGAAAAGGCCUCACUGGAGGCUAACAAGGAGGCUGGUACAAAGGCGCCCAUGGUAUUGUCCCACGUCGAAAGUGUGUGA